CAUGGCGCAGGGAUAUCGCUACAAGUUCUGCUUCUUGUUGGUUCUUAUUGCCAUGAUUCAUUCAGCCACUGGUCAGUCCAAGUUAACAGCAUCUGGACGAUAUGGAAUUGUGGGUUCUCCGUUCACAUUCACGUGUAGGACUCGUCCCACUCCUGAGAUUACGUGGUUUGAGAAUAAUACAGAGUACAGGAUGCAUUCCCACGGACGAGUUGAAUGCCACUAUCUUUCGCCUCAUCCGACAGACUACACUUUCAACUGUUCAGACGAAAUCUACUCACUAACAAUCAACUCUGUGAACAUCAGUCAGCACGGAACAGUUUGGAGAUGUGGAGACAUGUUUGGGCCACCAGAGAGUAAUACAGUAGUGCUGGAAGUUCGAGACGGCCCAGGUUCAUCACUUCAUGUGAACACCUCUUCAUCAAUACUUGCUAACGAAAGGGAUGACGUAGUUGUUUCAUGCACAGCAGACUGUUUCCUCCGAUGUGACUACACGUGGACGUUCAAUGACAGGACAACAAGCAACACAAGCAUUCUGUCCAUAUAUAGAAUUGACAUAUCACAGACUGGAGUCUACAUGUGUACCGCUGUCAACCCAGAUAUACGACAAUCGGCAAACACAACAGUUCGGGUGAUCGUCCGGCGUGUGGCCCAUUUGACGACAUCCGGACCAUACGGAAUUGUGGGUUCUCCGUUCACAUUCACGUGUAGGACUCCUCCAACUCUUGAGAUUACGUGGUUUGAGAAUAAUACCGAGUACAUGAUGUAUUCCUAUGGAAGAGGAGAAUGUGAUAUUGAUAUUUUGUCACACAUUCCGAGAAACUACAAUUUCAGCUGUUCACAUGAACUAUUUACCCUAACAAUCAACUCUGUGAACAUCCAACAGCAUAAAACAGCGUCGCGAUGUAGAGAGAUGCGUUAUAGACAAGCGAGAAACACAAUAGUGCUAGAAGUUCGAGAUGGUCCUGGUUCAACAGUACGAGUGAACGCACCCUCUGCAUUAAUUCCCGAAGAAGGAAGUGACGUAGCAGUGUCAUGCGCAGCAGACUGUUUCCUCCGAUGUGACUUCACGUGGACGUUCAACGACAAGACAAUAAGCAACUCAAGCAUUCUCUCUAUAUCCGGAAUUAACAGAUGA